GGAAAAACCCCGCGUUUUUGUGAUAGCCACUACCGCUGUGUGUCCGUUCAUAAGUAAAUAACCUUCGCGUUCUGUUUCUGUUUCACUGCCGAUCGAGAUUCUCAAAACAUUGGUUUGUUGUUUGCUUCUUCGAGUGGUCAAUAUGACGAUUAGUUAGAAGUGGUGCUCGCAUUAGGCAAUUGAAAGUUUAUUCCAAAUCACGAAGAUGCUGUUGAAGUGCUGUGUCCGAUUUGCUGCGAAGCUUCUGUUGUUUUUGGUAUUGUCUAGUUCCGUAUACGCCAACUAUGCAAGCCGUUUCUACGGUUAUGAUGAUUACAUAGCAGCCGAUGUAAACCAAGGAAAUUUCCCAUACAACAAUAACCAAGGAUAUAGGAAGGACAAUGUGGCUAAACGUCAGCAACCAGCAGACCUGUAUGAACAAAUAGCGGCUAACACAGCAGCAAUAAUUAAAAACGUCAAUGAACAGAUUCGAUCGUCUUUCAGUCAGUUUCCACAACCGUUAAAAGUAGGAGGUCCAAGCGGAUUUGAUAAUGGAUUUAAAUUUGAACCUGGAUAUAGACAUCCUCCACCGGCUCCAGAAGUACCGCAUGGAGGGUUCCACCAAGGAGAUUAUCACUGGCAUGAACACAAUCAUGAUGAUGGCCAUGGUCCGUCCCGAAAGUAUGGUUAUGGAAGUCUUCAUGAAUUCCGUCAUCACGGGCACGGUUAUCAUCAUUCUUCACAUGGACGUAGACACGGUCCUGGACAUAAACAUCAACACGGAAGGGGCCAUGCGGGUUGUCGCAGGCCACAUCCUAACUUCGAACCUGGUCCAAAUUAUGAAAACAGCCACGAAGACUCUGAAUCGGAAUUUUCGCCAAGUAUUACAAAAUUACCAGAAGGAUCAGAUGCAGGAAAACCUACCAGUCCGGAGAGCAGCUCAACGACCAUGCGUCAAAUUCCUGCACUUCAAACUGGGAUAUCUUCUAUUAUUCCAACUACUACACCUCAAGUAAUUUCCAUUCAACCGACACCGGUAACCACUUCAACUGACUUGCCUAUAGUUCCAAUAACUACUUCAACCACCGUCGAAGAUGUUACUUAUGACAUUGAUCUUCGUAGGGAGUUCGAAAAAACUACAAACAGGAAGAGGCGACAGAUUUUACCAAAUCUAUUCUAAUGUAUUGUCAGAGUUAAACAUAUUUUAUAAUGUUUGAUUAUUUAAGGAUGUAGAUUCAGAAAAACUGAUCAACUUUGGUGUUCAAUAUAAUCAAUAUAAAAUUUCAAAUACCAAAAAAACUCGUCAAUUGUUUUUAUCUUGAUCCUAUAAUAUUAAUCCUGUUCUUUCAAAAAAGGAGGAAUAACCGGUUUCAAACAGACAUAAGCAAUAAGCGACAAAUUUAUACCUGUACAUCUCUUGUAAAUGUAAUGAUAAUAUAAGAAUAAAAGAGCAAUACUUGA